AUGAAGUCCCGAAAACGCGUCGCUGUUGACCAGCUCAAAGACGCCAUAAGGGCAGAUUCCGCCGAGCCGUGCCUUCCAGGCUCGCUGCACAAGCCCUUGUCCUCCGAUCAUCUUAGUCCCCCUCUCAGCCCACAAUCCACCUCUGGACACCAAAGCUCAGUGGGAAUGGAGCGCAUCUUUACUCUUUCGCCAACUCCGACUGCUGUCCUCGACAAGGAUUUACGGGUUAUCUUGGUUUCGGCGUCGUCUCGGAAGCUUUGCAAUGUCGAGCCGGACGAGUGUCGCGGCCGUGCCUUUUUGGAUGGGCUCGACCAGAGGUUAAUGCCGACAAACCACGCAAUAACCGCCAAACUCGUCCAGGACGCAAUUGUAACCCGCAAGGAGCAGAUAUCUGAGCCAGUGCCGGGAACUGAUCUACCAGGAUACUGGCGGCUCCGAGUCCUACCGAUAUUUGACGCCGACGAGCUUGUGUACAUCGUUGUGGAAGCUCAAGACGUCACAGAAGACGUGCAAAGGAAUUUGAGUUACUCAACUCAAUUGUCCUCUGCUGAAACUUACCGUAUCUUGGUCAGCACCCUUCGCGACUAUGCUAUUUUCAUGCUCACCCCCGACGGGCGUAUCGCAACCUGGAACACAGGCGCAAUGCUUCUCAAACAGUUUACCCAGGAAGAAAUCGUCGGCAAACACUUUUCAACGUUCUACAGCGAGGAAGAUCGAAAAGCGCGGAAACCGGAGAAAGAGCUAGAACUGGCUCUGCGCGAUGGGAAGGUGGAAGAUGAAGGAUGGCGAGUCCGAAAGGAUGGCUCUCGAUUUUGGGCCAAUGUCAUCAUAACCCCCGUCUAUCGGGACGGAGAAUUGACCGGGUUCAGUAAAGUUACCCGGGACCUCACCGAGCGGAAGGCAGCAGAAGCACGGCUGAUCGCUGCCUACGAGGAAGCUUCACGGUUGAAGUCCGAUUUCCUCGCCAAUAUGAGUCAUGAGAUUCGCACCCCCAUGCAUGGCAUGUUGUCUGCGCUUUCUCUUCUGACAGACACCGGGCUUUCAAAGGAGCAAAAGGAGCUGACUGAUAUCAUCGAUGAAUCCGGCGCCAUAUUGUUGCAGGUCAUCAACGAUAUUCUAGAUUAUUCAAAGCUUAGUUCCGGCUCCUUUUCGAUCAGCAAGGAUGUUCUAAACAUAUCCGAGGUUGUUGCGGCUGUCAGGAGGUGUUUCAAGGUCGGAUCGAACAACGACCUGAAGUUGGAGGUCGAAUUGGACCCUCGUUUGCCCAAGUUCGCUCAGGGCGACGCUCUUCGGUACAGACAGAUCUUGCAGAAUCUGGUGUCCAAUGCCAUCAAGUUUACAGAUCAAGGCUACGUCCAGGUGAAAGUCACACUCACCGGCGAAAAUGAGGACUCGUACGACAUCAGAACAGAGGUUAUUGAUACCGGAAUAGGGGUGUCGCUGGAGUCAGAGCACAUCCUGUUCACUCCCUUCACUCAAUUGGACAAGUUCUCGACGAAACGGUACAAAGGUACUGGACUUGGUCUGUCAAUCUGCAAGAGUCUUGUCGAAUUAAUGGGAGGUACCAUCGGAUUUGGUCCAAAUCCCGAACAGCAUGGGAGCAUCUUCUAUUUCACUCUCAAGCUAAAUAAAUUGGAUGCGAGAGCUCCAGCGCCGCCCAUCCCGAAUACGUCCGAUACCGAUCUGAAGGAGCUGGGGCAAAAGAAAACGAUACUUCUCGUGGAAGACAAUGCCAUCAAUCAAACCAUCAUGGUUCGUUUGUUAAGAGCAUUUGGUUUCGAAAAGGUGGAUGUUGCUGGCGACGGUCAAGAAGGAUUACGACUGGUAAAGCAGAAGCCACUGACAUACAACCUGAUCCUCAUGGACAUAAGCAUGCCAGUGAUGGAUGGAGUUACCGCAACCAAGGAGAUUCGAAGACUAGGCCAUUCCAUACCAAUCAUCGCAAUGACCGCCAAUGCAUUGAAAGGAGACGAAGAAGCAUACCUCGCAGAGGGUAUGAAUGACUAUGUCGCCAAACCUGUGGACAGAAAACUUCUCACGCAAGCCCUAUUAAGAUGGCUGCGGUAG